ACAGCAAGGUUGAAGCAGAAGCUAAAAGCUAGAGCUAUCAAAUCGUCAAUCUUUUCUGAAUUUUUCUCUCCGCUGUGUUUUUUUUGUAUGGCCGCCAAUUCGAAGACCACUCUAGAGAUCGCCAACUUGGGGAAGCGCGUCAUCAACUACUUCUUCAAGCGCGGUGCAGCUCACUCCGGCGUCACUCGCCCCUUCUGGAGGGCUGCACACACUUCUGCAUAUGACAAGAACAUUGAGGAUCAGGUCCGGCCAGCUAUAGUCCCGGAUGAUGUGAUUCAACCUCUAUCUGAAAAAUACUGGGCACCACAUCCGCAAACUGGAGUAUUUGGACCUGCAACUGAGAACCGUCCUGGUGCCGGCGGGGAACACGACUACCGUUCAUCGCCUGCAAAUGGUUCAGGUGAGUCUGUACUGGAAGAGAAAGCCUGGUUCCGCCCCACAAGUCUGGAGGAUCUUGAGAAGCCUCUCCACCACUGAGGACUACUACUGAUCCUGAGGAGGGGAGCUCUCUGGUCAGAUAACUAAUAGCUUGUUUAAAUUUAAAAAAAAAAAAAAGAAAACUGCAGUAGAAUAAUAGUGGUGAAUGGUGAAAAUAUAUGCAAACUUAUAAUAUUUGGAUGAAGUUGGUAAUGUAUCUAGGGAAUGAAUCCAUGCCUACGGAUUAUGUUUGCAAGAUAUGUGAAAUACUUUACUGUUAUAAUGAUAUUUGGAUUUUAAUA